AAUAUUGGUACACACAGUCACAUUCGCAGAUAUCUUCCUGCUGCCGACACUGAAAGAAGCCUCCAAAAGAGUUGCAGCGAACAACACGGGAGGAACAUUAGAUUAAAGAUUUUCUUACUGAGGCUCCAUCUUCCAGCAAACGCUGUGGGAAUCAGUGAUGUCUUCCUCUAGGACUGUUUCAAACACUUCUGUCAUCAUUCACCCUCCAGGCUUCUACAUCUUUGGAUUUGAGUCAUUUCCCUUCAUAUCUGUGUAUUUCAUCUUCCUGGCAUUUGUUUAUGUGUUUUCAGUGAUGUUUAACUGUUUGCUGAUUUAUACAAUUGCUGUGAGUCACAGUUUGCACACUCCAAAAUUCUUGGCCAUCACCAACCUGGCAGUGAUAGAUUUAGUGCUUAACUCCUGCACCAUUCCUGGCAUGAUAAAGAUUUUUCUCAUCAAGGAUAACUUUGUUCCAUUUAACCUGUGUCUUGUGCAAAUGUUUGUAUAUUAUGCAUUCUUAGCACUGGAAUCAUAUGCACUCACAGUACUAGCCUAUGACAGACUGAUUGCUAUAUGUUUCCCUUUUAGACAAAGCUCAGUCAACACAGUGCGCAGCAUGUGCUGCAUUAUCAGUGUUACCUGGUGUCUAGCUGUUGGAGUGGCAGGAUUUUCAACAAUCAUAAUGACAAGACUGUCUUUUUGCAACUCUGUCAGAGUGGUUAGUUAUUUUUGUGACUAUGCACCUGUGUUUCGACUUGCCUGUAAUGAUAACUCGUUGCAAUGGUCCACAGCUUCAUUCUCCUCCAUUUUUGUCCUUGGAGUGCCUUUUGUUUUCAUUUUCCUCUCCUAUGUGAGCAUCCUGGUGACUGUGUUCAGGAUGAAAUCUGUGGACCGACGAGUGAAAGCUUUGGCUACAUGUGUUGAACAUAUUAUUGUUGUUGCUGUAUUUUAUAUUCCUAUUUUUGUUAUUUUUGCUAUUGGGUUUUAUUCAAGGGUAGUUGAACCAGAGAAGAGAGUUCUGAGUCUGUCGCUGGCAUCUUGCAUGCCUCCUUGCAUUAAUCCUGUUGUUUAUUCUCUGAAAACUAAAGAGAUCAAAAUCAGAGCACUGGCUAUCUUUAGAAAAACUAAAGUUAAUGCAAAAAUCUGAGCAAAAUCCAAAUCAAUCAAAUGUAGACUGUAGAAGUAACAAAUAACCUAGAAAAAAAAGUCAUGAACAGAUC